GAGCGCGCACCGGGGCACCAGGGAAAGCCGGUUGCGCGCCGCGAUAGGCUCAGGAUGGCUGCAUUGGAACGACCCCGCGAAACCCCCGUUAGUGCGAUUUAAAAGAGGGGUGUGGUAUCCAGGAAUUCCUGCAGAUGUUGAUGCUUUUAAACAAGUUGCCCGAGCCUUACAUGCUGCGUGCCUGCUUAUGCACCCUAAAAGAUGUGUGACGGGGAAAGGAUGUGAGUUUCUCAAUUUAUGCAAAGCCAGAACAAACUAUGGCAAAUUACAAGGCAAAGGAAGAGAAGGAUGUGGUCAAAUACUUUAGUGACGUUAACUUCCCUCUCUGAGGAGAAGGGGAAGCCACUGCGUACCUUCUCUUCGGCUACCCCAGCAGCAUAAUGGAGUAUCUUCGAUCACUCUUUGGGAGCCUGCAACAGGCUUUGGAUUUUGUUUCCUCCUUCACUACUUACCUUUUUGGAAAUGAAACUCAUCCAGGAGCAGAAGAGCCAAGAAGUGGAAAGGAGAUGAAGAACUUAAGAAGCCACCAUGAUUCUGAAGUGGAGACAACGUAUUCUGGGGAUGUUUCUCCAAGGGAGCAUCUGAAGGUCAAUGAAGGUCCUUUUACAACGGAGAUAACCCCACUCAAUCAGGAGAUCCAAGGAACACCAGAAACUGCAGUUACUGUUGAUGAGGCAAUGGAGUCUUUUCUCAGGUCUUCCAAAUUUCCCAACAGAUGUGAGGGACAAGAAGAAUCUGAACAAAAGUUCUCAGUGUCUUCUAUAGGCCUCAGUGAUACCCCCAAAAUAGGAUCAACAACACCUAUGACUGAUAGCAUCCAACAGACACACAAGGAGUCACCAACUAAGACUGGGAGACUCUAUCAAAGAAAAUCUGAAGAAUCUGCCUUGAUGGAAGCUGCACCAGAAGACAUGAUAGAAGAGUUGGCAGAUGCAGUUUGUAGUCAAUACUGGAAGCCAGAUGAACUUUUGGCAGAAAGAAGAGAACUUGGGCAACUGGAAGAGGCAGAAAAGACAGAGAUGAGUCAAGAAGCAGAACAAGACAGAACUGUAUUAGCUGAGGGGAUUAAGCAAGGAGCACCAAAUUGGCCAGCAUUUGUAGAACAAAAAAGAGGGCCUGACGGAGCAGAGUGGACGGGGGAAAUUGUUCAAGAUAGUUUGGAAGAGAGGGUUGAGAUUAUGGGUAAUCAACAAUUAGAGGUUGAGAAAGACCAGGAAGAAGGAAAGGUGGCUGAAGAAGAGCAGGGAGAGAUAAGUACAGCAGUGUUAAGCCAGGCAGAGAAUAAGGUACUUGAAGAGGAAAGAAUGAUUGGAAAAAGUCAGCUGUGGGAUGAAGAAGCAGAAAAAAUCACAGAAGACCAGGAAAAAGAGUUGGAAAAAAUGUUGUGGAAUGAGGGAAUUCAACAAAAGCUCCUAGGCUUGACACAGGAUAAAGAGGAAAAGCAGAGAGGACAAGAAGAGGCAACAUGGACUAGGGGAACUCAACAAGAUAGUUUGGAGGAGAUGGCCAAGAUGGCAAGAGACCAGGAGUUAAAUGUUGAGAAGGAUCAGGAGGAAGAUACAAAAGUGGAUGGGAAUAAAAAGGUAAAAACAAGUGUGACAGCAGAAACUGAAGGAGACCAGGUAAAGAUGCUAGAAGAGAAAGGGAAAGGUGAGAGAAGUUGGAGUUUGGAAGAACAGAUAGAAGAAACUGAAGAGGGGACGGAGAGAAAGCUGGAUGAAAAAGAAAAAGGACUAGAGGGAGUCACUUGGACAGAUAAACUUAAAUAUGAUGCACUAAAUGUUACAAUAAUGAAGACCCAGCAUUUAGAAUUUGAGAAGGAAUUGGGAGAAGGCAUAGAGAUGGACACAGGCCACCAGAUAAUGAGAGAGAUAGAAAUGAAGAAGGAAGAUGUUCAGCAACCACUGCUGGACAAGGCAGAGAUGGAAGCAAGCCAGAAGAAGACAUUAGAAGGGGAAGAAAAGAAGAGAUAUUUUCACUGGGAGCCCAAGGAAACUGAGGUUAUGACAGAACAGAAAAGGGAGGCAUCAGGAUUGGAAAAGGAGGGAAAUUGUAAGCAGGGAGAUUUACCAGAGAAAGGAAAGACAGAAGAAGAUCUGAAGCAGGAAGCAAAAGAAUCUGUGAAAAAUGAGAUACACACUACAGGGGAAAAACUAGAACAGCAAACAAAAGAAGAAUGGUGGGAAAGUAACCAGGAAGACCAGAUAUUGCUAGAUACUUGUGGUUUUAGUGAAGACAUACUAGAAGAGGCUGAGACUACAGCAGGUCAAUCAAGUCAACUGGGAGAGAUCACCAAGAACCUGGAGCAUCCAACCUCUCUUGAUAAAGAUCUACCUGGACCCAGAACUUUCCCACAUGAUGUCACAACACUGGAUAGCAGUGCCCAGAAGGAACGGGUGUUGCUACGUCGUAAGAGCUCCAUUCGACGAGCACCCAGCUUAAAGAAACCAAAAACAUCACCAGAGGCUCCAACACAAGAGACAAAUAUAGUUGAAGAUGAUUCAUCUUUAUUGGAAGUACCAAAGAGACAAAACCCAAGAUUAUCUGGAUUUGGGCCUAUGCACCCCAAUAUGAUGGCUGAACUUCAGAUGCGCCUGCAAAAGCCAAAGUGACUUGAGGUUCAAAGAGCUUUAUCAAGUAAUGAACUUGCAUGUUUUUGGCUCUAUCUUGGGUCAAGGCACCAUAACCAAUAAUUCUGAAAGCAAUGGAGGCAUCAUCU